AUGGUCCCAACUYUACCACAGACGCGGCGGGGGAGCGAGCGGCGAGAGCGGUGCCCGCGGGACCGGCCUGGCCGGGAGCAGGUCCGGGAGGGGUGCGGAGGGAGGCGAGCGGGGGCGGCCGGAGCGGGGAGGCUGAGGCCGCCGUCGGGGCUGGCCCCGGCCCAGGGCGGCCCCCCCGUCCCGGCAGGGCGAGGCGUGUCCCCCGCGGGCGCGGGCAGCGUGUGGGGUGGCGGUGGCCGCUCCUCCGCGGCAGAGGCGGUGGCAGAGGCAGAGGCGGUGGCAGUGGUAGGUGUGCGGCAGCGGGGACGGGCACGGGCACGGGGACAGCCGCCGCAGCGCCGUGCCCAGCCAAGCCAAGCCGCAGCUCUCCCGGCUCUCCCGUCCRCCGCUGUAGGUACGGACGAGGUCGCGCUGCGGAGCCGUGGGUGCGGGAUGUGCUGGCAUAGUUCCACCCCAGUGGUCUCCUGCCCGGAGCCCGAAGCCGUCGCGGAGAGACCACUCUCGCUUCCUACGGUCGGAGGCGAGCCUCGGCAGGCAGUCCUCUCCUCGGGACCGGCUUGGAGGAAGGGGAGCGCGGUGUCCCCGCGGAGCGGCGGCCCCGGCCGAGCUCGGGCUGCAGGACCCGAGCGCCCCUCGCCAGACCCGUGGCCGCAGGUGAAUCUAGGACAAAGAGACGGACCAAACACAGAAAAUGACUUUAAAAUGAAGUCACUUGAGAAUAUGAUUCUACUGUGGUGAAUAGGACACAGCUCUAGAUCAGCCAUCCUCUGUCUUGGAUUUUAUUGAUGCUUUGAACCGGGGGAAGAAAGUUGUUUCCUAAGGGAAAGUCUCCGCACAGCGACCAGCACCCUCUUGUGUUCACUGCGCGCAGAGGCCAAACCCAGCGCCAAUUAACUCCGGAUGGCUCCGGAGCUUCAUCCUGGAGCGCCUUCCACAGCCCCAAACCUGACAKAACAGCAGGAACCUGAAGGCACAUCCAUGUUUCUCCAACAGCUAUUGCCCACACACGAAAGCAGUAAUUAGCAUGACUACAUGUUAAUUUUCUCAAACACCAUCUGAAGUAUUCAAUCUGAACAACUCCUGCCCCAGUAUUYCCUUGGAGCUACCACUGCCUUUCC